AUAGUAGAUCUCUGUAGUUGUAGCAGAUAACCUCUCGAUUUUACAUAUUGAGAAGAAAGAAACUUGUUUUGGAUAUCAUAUGCUAGAGAUAUUCAGAUUUUCGAUUUGAAUUAAAAAUGAUUGUUCAUAUUUGAUAGAUAUUACUAUAAAAUUUUCAACUGGCCGAUUUCACCUUAAAAAUAACUGAUAAUUAUAAGAAUUUGAAUUUAUUCAUGUUUUCAAGAGUCAAAAUAUACAUACAAAUUAACUAACAAAUGAAGGCAAAACCAGAUGUGUAAUAUUUUUCCAUGUUAUCGUUUAGAGUUGUUCUUCAAAAUUAUUUUGAAUACCAAUCAAAAUUUGAUUUAAUUUGACCAAAAAAUAAUUAGCACGAGUAUACUUAUAUACCUUAGCUACUUAACCUAGAGUUACCACUUAAUUGAUCGGUUAAAUCUUAGCUAUUGUCUACUAAUCUCAACAUUAGUUUAUCUAAUAAUCAUUACUUGUUAGAAUGUACAACUUGCCAUCUAAUAUUAUAGAGAGCAAAUCAGUUGGAAAUGUUGCACAUAUACUUUUGUUUUCUCUCCAAAAUAUACAAAAGAAAUAAACAGAUGGAUGUGUAUAAAGCUGCUCUCUCUCAACAUUUAUGAUCGGCCUCUCUACAUCACAAAGGCAAGAAGAGAGGGCCCAAAGGACAGAACUUUCCUUCAGGGAAACAGAGAAAAUAGGAGAAAAUGUAUGCAGAUACAGGGCUAGGGUUCCGAUUCAUGCAGGGUUGUUCUCCAGAAAUCCAUCAGUUCGAAGACCUCUUUAAACCCUACAAGCUCUCUGAUCAAACGCAGAUCAGUCUUGUUGAGGCGUGUGAGUAUGGUUUCGGAGAGGAGAGUGACCUAUUCAAAGCCCCUGAGCCGAUCAUUGAAGAACCAAUGCUAGCCGUUGACCCUCUCUCACAAGAGAUUGUUGAACUCAGUGAUCUCGGGUCGUUGCAGAGUGACCAGCAGCUUAUAGAAAAGGCGUUCUACGAGUGUGAGCAGGAGCUCUUGGUGAAAUCAGCGAUGGAGUCUCCGCUGCUCUCCGAGGUACUAGACAGGAAGAACGUCUCUCAAAUGGACAGUAGUAGUGUAGUUGUCUCUGAUGUCCCAGUUCCUAAGAGCGUGAGCUCGGGGAACCUGACAUCGAUGGAUAUGGCACAGCACGAGGAGGCGGUGAUUCAGAGGUUCUUCCCUCCAGUGGAUAAUGGAAUGAGAAGAGCCUUUAGCGAGAGCGAUAUACAGACACUGGGGAGUAGAAACGCGGGUCAGGUUCAGUCUCAACUGGAUCGAAUAAUCGUUAGUUGUACCUCUGAGGACCGUCGUGAGAAGCUUUCUCGAUACAGGGACAAGAAGAGCAGGAGGAAUUUUGGGCGUAAAAUCAAGGUAAACACCUGAAAGAUGGUGUAGUGUUUUGUUGGGAACUGAGUUAAUGGAUGAUUUUGGUGUGUAUGGGUUGCAGUAUGCUUGCAGGAAGACACUUGCAGACAGUCAACCGAGGAUCCGAGGAAGGUUUGCAAAAACAGAGGAGAUGCAGAAAUGAGAGGAUUCAUUUAGUUAGGUACCUGAAGAUGAGCAAGAAGAACAGUUUGAUGAAGUGUUUUUGUAUAUAAAGGGUUUGUCUGAAUAAGCCUCUAAGGAGUAAGGAGUAGGAAGGAAAACAAGUGAUCUUAUGAAGCUCACUCGGUCUUAUCUAUGCUUAUCUAUGUUUAGAUCUUAUGAAGCUCACUCGGUCUCUAAAACUCUAAAUUUAUAAGCUGUUUGAUGUUCGUUUCUAUAGUUCGACCGUAUAUAUAUUAACAGUUGACGUUGGUAGGUGUUGAUUAUUUA